UGUCAUCUUUUAUGAAGCGUUGUGGCUUUUGCAAAAAUAGAACCAGUUCCUCAGUUUCCCUUCACAGAGUCUCAUCGCUUAGAAGCUUAAACCAUCCCUACCAUUACUACCACCUAAAAGUUGCUCAACAGUUUCUUCAAAGGAGGUGCUGUUUCUUGAAUGGUAAAUGGGAAGCUGAGCACGGUGGGUUGAGGCGGAUAUUACUCGAAACAGGUUGUUGUUGGUUUGCAUUAGCUCAAGCAGUAAAAGCAUUGUGGCAUUUGAUUGAUUACAAUUGAAUUUCUUGUAAAACCCAACUAGAUAUUGGAUCUAGCUUCCUAGGAAAGAUGUCUAUCUGUCCCACUAACAUCUUUCCUCGAGAUUGUCUUUCUUCUGGUGCUUCAAAAAACGUCCUACAGAUACAUCCACAAUAUUUGUGUCGCCCCACUAAAUUGUAUGUUGUUCGUCAUGGCAUCCAACAUUUCCAGCAUUGUGUUGCUGCAGUGGGAAAGUCUGAUUCUGUAUCCAACUCUGAGGCAGAUUCUGACCCCAACUCCAAGCCUAAGAGAAAAGGUCGAUUGAAGAAAACCAGAGAUGCUGAAGCUGAGCCUGGCACCAAUUCAAAACCAUCACCAAUAAUCCCAAGGAAGCCAAGGCGUGGUCGUAGGAGUGAAGCAGUUGCUGUCGAGGAUUUUAUACGUGAUUCGCUUGAAAAAACAUUUGCUUCAAUCCAGGAGCAAAAUCCUGAAGUUUUUGUGAAUAAAGAGCAAAUUCUUAAAGAAAGUAAUGACAAGACUCUCUCUGAUGAUAGUAGUGAAGAAGAUAAUGAUGAUGACAAUGGUCAGAUAGAGGAGCAAAUGGUUGUUGACGAUGAUGAUCCUACUUGGCCAGUUGAUGCUGAAGUGGGAUGGGGCACUAGAGCAUCAAACUAUUUUGAAAAGUAUCCAAUCAGAAACAUUGUUGGAGAUGAUGGUACUGAAAUUGAUUGGGAAGGUGAAAUUGAUAAUAACUGGGUUCAGGAAAUCAAUUGCCUUGAGUGGGAGAGUUUUGCAUUUCACCCAAGUCCGUUGAUUGUUCUUGUUUUUGAAAGAUACAACAGGGCAACUGAUAACUGGAAAAUUCUCAAAGAGUUGGAGAUGGCACUCAAGGUUUAUUGGAAUGCUAAAGAUCGACUUCCUCCUCGUGCAGUUAAGCUGGAUAUCAAUAUUGAGAGAGACUUAGCAUAUGCUCUUAAAGUUAGACAGUGCCCACAAAUACUAUUUCUACGUGGACAAAAAAUUUUGUACAGGGAAAGCGAGCUGAGAACUUCAGAUGAAUUGGUACAAAUGAUUGCGUAUUUCUAUUACAAAGCCAAAAAGCCUUCAUGGAUUGAUGAAGCAGCUCUAGCUUUGUAGUGUCAGAGCAGGCAUGAAACAUCAUAAGGAGGUUUAUACUACAGUUGCAGCAUUACAUCAUGUAUGGAGAUCGAGUUGCGGGUAAUCUUUUGCAUUUUCGCGCAGGAAUGGGGUAGAUCCGCAGAUGUAAUAUUGAAACAAGAUUUAAUUGCAUGUCUGCCCUGUUCUUCAAUUAUAUUUUUGUUGGAUUUAGGACUUAGGAGUUAGGAGUAGAAUCUUCAGACUUGUAUUCUACUGUAUAAUUUUUGUUAACUAGGAAUUCUUGUACCUUGUAAGUUGUAUUUUGAUACAUUAAACAAUGAUGUUAUAUAUAUUGGAAUGAUGGUUAAAUUCUCGUCUUUCA